GUUAGUGACAUCGGCUACAGCGACUCCUGCUUAUCAUAGACUCCUUUGUUAGGGUUAGGAGCUUUGCUGGACUGCUCUUAACACGUUGAACGCCAUGACAGACACCAUAUGCCCGGCGAUGGACUUACCCCCGGCUCCAUGCCAAAAUGUGAGAUUUGUCCAAAAAUCGUAGAGACUUUUUUGUGAAUAUUGUCUGGAAAUAACUAAAAAAUAAUAGGCCGCUUAAGGAAAACGCGAUCUACUCAUUCUUUUCCGAAAUGUCCAACACCAGUGUCUACCAUCUGUCCCGCAACUCACUCGGCUAGACCAUGAAUUUUAGUCUGGCGUUCUACGUGUUAAGUGUGCUCUCAUAUGACUGCAAUAGUCAAUCUUGUUAAUAAACGUGCGAGCACAUUGGCUACACGCUAGGACACCGUGAUAUUUUGAUAGUGGUAUUCGUAAAUAUAGUGACAUCUGAAAAGGAAUGUUGUUUAAAAUAUCAAUUUUCUUCAUAUUUACAAAUGGCAUUGCAACGUAUAACGAGAUGCGACCAAGAGUCAUAGACGGCGAAGACGCGAAAGUUUAUCCGUUCGUUGUAAGCAUAGUUUGUGUGAAAUACUGUCAUCUGUUGCUUAAAGAAGUGAUACCGUUUAUCGACGAACAGGUUACAACGUGCAGGACGUGCAGUGGAAGUCUCAUAACUGAAAACUGGGUGCUGUCGGCGUCACACUGCAUUGGUGCGAAUUUCAACAAGAAAAUUGAAGAAGUCAUCGUUCGGUACGGCGACUUGACUGUGCCUUACGAAAACAGCACAUAUACAUACUUAAUAAAAGGGUUUGUGCAUCCCAAGUACAGGCACACGAAGUUAGAAAUCUCUAACGACGUCGGACUUGCUAAAGUCGAACGCGUCUCCAUAGAAACGUAUGGGAAAUUGUCUAGCGUCGAUUACCAGUCGCUGAUCGGCCGAUCUGUCCAGUAUAUAGGAUCUGGAAUGUCCAUGUCCGAUGCGGUAUUCUCUGACGACCCCGCCAAAGCGAGAGAGAUUUUGAUAACAGACCAGGUGCGCCCUUUUCAAUUGGGCCAUGCAAUUGUGGUUCGUUGCGAUCAUUUGGAAGACAAUAAUUACAGUAAUCCGUAUAUCUGUUUGCGGCCUAAAUGUAGCAGGUUGCUCCAGAGGGCUCAAAGGGCCGACUCCGGAGGUCCCCUCUUGUACCGAGGGAAGAUCAUAGGAGUCGCCAACGCGAUCACCGAUAUGGGCACCGUAAGGUAUACGGUCGUUCAUAUUUAUCAUGACUGGAUUAAAAAUAUUAUAUCUACAGAAUAG